UCAUUGCGCGUAAGCGUAAGUAGCGAGCACGUUCGAAUCUGUUCAGAAUACGCGCCAAUUCCAAGGAUCGUAGAGAUUCUCAACUCACAUACAAGUCAAUUUCGUUGUGAUUCUCAGCUCAUACACAAAAUGAAACAAAAUGUCCGACGAUUAAAAUAUUGUAACUAAAUACGUCAACAAUUAAGAUUUACUUUCAUUAAUUAUUAUUUAAGGAAAACCUAAAAUCAAAGCUGAAAUAUUAAACUAUCAGGAUAAUCAUGCUUGAUACUAGCCGAUUGUUUUCGGAACGCCAUGUUGCUGAUGUUCGCCAGUGCCCAUGAUCACCUAUGGUCGCGCAAUUAGAUUUUACUUCUUUCGACGUAAAGUGGUGCGAUGAAAUAAAGAGGAGAUUAUGUAAAAGCUGUACGGGACAAACUUACACAUAUAAUAAGAAUAAAAAAAGUAGGCUCUUAUUAUAACGGUGUGCGUGCGCGUACACUUUUCCGGUACGUGAUUUCCUUUGACAACAUUCAUUAAACCUAUACGUGCACGCUAAUAGCGUCACAAACUCACUUAUCAAUUUCAGUCCAAGUGUCAUUUGUCUCACAUAUCGUAACAGACAGAAUUCACGUCUAAUUAUUUGGAAAAUGGAUGCUUCUGAAGCAAUUACAAUGGAAAGAGAAAACUGUAAGGAUGUAUGCGUAGAUGAAAGUGAUACAUCUAAAAACAUACAACUUGAGUGUAUUGAAAAUACAGCUGGAAAAGAAAAAGCUAUGGAUGUUGAGCCUUCUGAUGUUAAUGUGUCAAAUACAAAUGUGCCAGAUAAUAAAGAUACAAAUAUGCAAGAAAAUGAAGAUAUAAAGGAGCAAGAAAAUAAGAAUACAAAUGAGCAUGAAAAUAAAGAAGCAGAUGUGCUAGAAAUUAAAGACACAAAUGUGCAAGAAAAUAAAGAAGCAGAUGUGCUAGAAAUUAAAGACACAAAUUUGCAAGAAAAUAAAGAAGUAAAUGUUCUAGAAAUGAAGGACACACAUGUGCUAGAAAUGAAAGAUACAAAUGUGCAAGAAAGUAAAGAUACAAAUGAGCAAGGGAAUAAAGAGGCAAAACUGGAAGAAGUAAAAGAUACAAAUGAGCAACGGAAUAAGGAUACAAAACUGGAAGAAACGAAAGAUAUAAAGGUGCAAGAAAAUAACGAUACAAAUGAGCAAGAGGAUAAAGGGCUAAAGCUAGAAGAAAUUAAAGAUAUAAAUAUGCAAGAAAAUAAAGAUACAAAUGCAGAGACGACUGAGGAUGUAGAUAUGGAGAAGAAUGACGAAGAGAAGAUAGAAGGGAAUGAAAAUGUAAAAACAGAUGAAAAUGAAGAUGUAAAUAUGGAAACCAUAAGUCCAACAAAUAAUGAAGCAAAUAAUUCUGAUAUCAAAAAUGAUGCUCAAAAUAAUAUAUUAGAUGCAAAAAAUUAUGGUUCUGAAUUAAGUACAGAUAUCAAUACAAAAGAAUCAAUAGAUUUUACUGCUGAUAUUAUCAUAGAACAAUUUGAUACUUCAAAAGAUGUAACUGAUGAAGUUGUUAUGAACCAUCUGGAUGAAAUUGAAAAUUUACUUUUGGAUUCUUCAGAUUUUGAACAAUCAAAGGAAGACGGUACAGAAAAUCGAUCUACUAAUGCAGACCGCAAUGAAUUGCCUGAGAUCAUUGAAAUAAAGAAAACUACUGAAACUGUUACGAAAUUGCCACAGACGAAAACAGAAAUUGCGGAACAAGCGAAACCAGGAAAAUCUGGAACUGAAGAUUGGUAUGAAAAAAAGCUUGCUGAAAAAGAAACGAUUAUAAAAGAACGUCUUACAAAAGUGGCGAGGGUCUUAGGAAUUUCUUAUCCAUGUUACGAAAAGUGGUUAGAGUGUGAAGAAAAAGUAAAUGGAACUCCCCUGUGUAAAUUGAAACCAUCUCGACGUUGCUGUUUAGACAAACCGCAUACCAAUCGCUGGAAAUUUCUUUGUACAAAAAAAAGAAACCAGAAUUUUGCAAUGAGCAAUUCUGGCUCUUUCCUUGACAAAAAUGUAGAGAUAUGGAAACUGGAAGCAAGUGGUGCAUGGGGUGUAAAUGUAAAUAAUAAAUCCCAGUUCCCUCCUUUCGUAUUACGUGCUGUCGAGGUAUUUGAAGAUUUUCUUCAAGCAGAACAAUUAAUCACGCAAAAAGCUUCAAGUAUAAACUUCUCGGAUGAUAUAUCAAUGGACGGAGAAUCAAGAAGGGAUACAGAAGACAAACAGGAAUGGCUGUGGUUGGUUGUACGUUGUAAUAGUAUGGAUGAACUAAUGUUAUUUGCCACUGGAAAAAAUAUUAGUCGUGCCACAAUGGAUAGAUUGAAAGAAGUAUACGAAUCGGGACCAGGAAAAAAUUGCAAUGUCAAGUCCUUAUAUUGCAAAAGAACAAAUAAGUAUGUCACCGGUGCAGUCACGGACACGACAUUCUUGGUUGGCUCGGAAGCUUUAGACGAAAUUGUAGGAGGAUUAAAAGUGCAACUCGCACCAAAAACAAACUUUUGGUCGAAUACUGCGGGAGCAGAAAAUGUAGCUAAAGCAGUAAUGGAUUUUGUUACACCUAAUCCAAAAAUGACAGUACUCGAAAUAGGAUGUGGAAUUGGUCUUAUCGGAUUGAUGAUGGCCUCUAAAUGUCAGCAAGUAAUAGGAGUAGAUACACCGUCGGAGGUAGAGGAAGCUGAAUUAACAUGCGAAUUAAAUAACAUAAAGAAUGCAUCGUUUAUAAUGGGAUCUCCUAGUGAAGUAACGAGUAAAAUCGUUGCGGCGAUAAAAAAUCGUAAAACGCAUGCGAUUAUCAAUGCGAAUACUAAUAUCGGCCGUGCAAUUGAAGUAAUGACGUGUCUACGAAAGAUUCAGUCGAUUAAGCGGAUAGUGAUGAUAACUACAUUAACUAAACAAUCAGUACGUUCUAUAUUAGAAUUAGCACGUCCUGGAGAUCGUGUCCAUGGAUCACCAUUCAUACCCGUUGUAGCUUGUGUCGUUGAUACGUUGCCUGUUGGUGCUCAUUUCGAAGCAGUUAUUUUAAUGCAACGACGAGCACUAAACAAAUUUAAUCAACUGUGGUAUCAAAAGGCUAUGGAAGAGAACACAAAAAGUUCAGGAAACAAAAGUGUUCAAGAGAAGGCAAAUGAACAGAACAACGGAGUAGCAGGCAAAAAAUUACCAAACAAGGUUGAUGUGCAAUUUAAGAAAAAUUUUAACAAACUGUUCAUGAAACCUUCGGCAAAUAACAGUCCUGUUAAGAAGACAAAUAUUGCGUUGAAGAAACAGCAACAAUUCGCAAACAAACACACUGGUAAUGCAUCCCCUAAACUGAGAUUUAAGCUUAAUAAACGUACGCAUUCCCCAGAUACAGGAGAGGCAACGCCGAAGAAAUUGAUAAAAAAAUUCAAUAAAUUUGAACCUAAACCUUGGAUCGAUAUGACAAAACAGAAGAAAGAAUGGAAUGCGGAAAAUACGCAUAAUCCACAAUUACGCAUUAAUCCUAUAUUCGAGAAGAACGUACGUGAGAAUAAGGAGAUUGAUUUAAGAGAAAGAUUGUCCAAUAAUCGAGGGAAUAUAGAUAUUGUUCAAACAGUAAAGGAGCAUCAAGUGCUCUUGGAAAUUGCAAAAGAAAAAUUAAGUGGAUCAGCACCAGCCGUUGAUGUAAAUACCGCAAAGGAGUUGCAGAGUAUGUUAAACAUGGUAUUAGAACAAACGAGCAAACUUCAAAGUCAACUUCCACGCUCUGUUAGGGAUCGUAUCACUCCGGCAGAAAGUACGAAUUCGGAUCAAGAUACUCCAUCUUUUAAAGGUCGUUUUAUUCAAGAAAUGAGGUCCAAUGAUAUCGUGAUUACAGCACGAAACGAACCAUUCGUGGAAGUUGAAGAGAAGAAACCAAUCUUUAAGAAGUACCAAAAUUUAAUGCCCUUAGAACCAAAUACAGUUGUGCCAGCAACGAAAGCAAUAGGCAUCAAAGUGGACAAAUCUUUCUGUAGAGCACCGGAACGAUUUCAUGAUAGUGAGAUGCAUCAGGGACAAAUUCCAGUAGCUCCUUGGAAUCGUGGUGUCCCUGCCGAAAGGAACCGUUGGGACGAAGUCGGAAAUAUUAGAAAAUCACUCUCGCCUGGAAGAAGGCAAGGUUCACCAUUUAAACCGAGCAUGAAUCUUCCGAAAAGACUUUCUCCUAAACGACCACUAUUAUCAUCUCCAAGAGGUCCGUGUUCUCCUCCUAGAAGAAACUUCUCUCCUGGGCAGCGUCCCGCAUCGCCUAUGUUCCUCAGAGAACGUUCUCCAAUAAGACGUCAAAUGUCUCCAUUGCGAAGACCUGUAUCACCGCUGAUGCGAGUUGUGUCACCGAGGUGUCCAUCGCCACCGCGACAAAUUAAAAUUAUGAUGAACCGUUCCAUGUCACCGCUCAGAUGUCAAGAAUCGCCAAUACGGCGACAGAUGUCUCCUCCCAGAAGACAGUUAUCACCGAUGUCUCCUUUAAGGAGACAGAUGCCUUCUCCUAAUCGUAUGGUAUCGCCUAGUAGGCAAGAGUUAUUAAUGUCUAGAAGACAGAUAAUGCCGCAAGAAAGACAACAGACAUCGACAAUGAGGCGUCCAGUGUCACCGCCCAGAUACUUAUUCGAACGUCCCGUGUCACCACCGAAGCGGCAACAGUCACCACCGAGGCGGCAACUGUCGCCGGUGAGAUUCGCCGAUGAGUGGGACAUACCAAGUAGAAGAGCCGUGGAACAAAGCACCUGGAUGCGAUCUACGGAACGAAUGCCAGAUAAUUGGGACACGAUGAAAUGCGACGAUAGACACCGUAAGAUUCCCAAUCAGGAAAAAUGGGAAGAUAUGGAACCCGAUCGUAAUAAUACUUGGAAAAACGGUGGCAAUAGUUGGAAUUCCAAGCAAAUGUGUUCAAAGCCAGCACCGAAACAGGCAUGGCUAUCGGGCUCUGACAGAUGGUCAUCAGUGUCUAAUGUGCCGGGAACUAGUAACGAAGCUUGGCAGGUCCGAGGUAAAGAAAGUUCCUCUUCUAACAACGAACCGUGGAUGGACAGUAAGAAACAAAAUAGAUGGAUGGAGAUGAAUGUUAAUAAUGACUCUUGGAGACAAUCGGAGAAAGACGAUUUGAACGACUUGCCAGAAGAUGCAAGAGAUCCUUGGGGCGACGACGGGGUACCGGAUUUAAAAGAAAGGUGGCUUAAAUACGAGGGCAUUAGUUCAUCGUCUACGUCUAAAGAGAACCAGAAACAAGGAGAUUCGUGGACAAAACAUAAUAAAGAUACUUGGCAUAGUAAAGGAUCAUCUUAUAGUGCGAAACCUCACAAUCAGUGGCAAGAUAAUAGUAUUCAAAAUGUUGAAGAACCUCGUUGGGCUUCUCAAAAAGAAACAGAAAAGACGUCUUCGUCAAGUAGUUGGCAAAAUGGAAAGAAUACAGGUUCCUGGCAGUAUAAAAAUUUGAAUUUCCAAUCACAACGCCCUUUCACGUCUCAGUUUAAAGGUUUAUAAUAGAUUUUCGUUCCACAAAUUAGCGAUAAUGUUUAACACACACCUACAGCAGGAUCUGUACUAUCCAUAGCGGGAUCGAUCUGUACCGGCUCCGUAGGUCGCUAAGCAGUUAGAAGGCAAUAAAACCAAGCCGUAACCCUUAUUAUUGAGUAUAGACAAGAGUGUGUAGGAGGACGCGUUAGAGCCCAACAUGGGAAGCGAUUUCGAAUCGAUGCCGAAACCUGCUGUUUAGAUUCAUCCAGCCUAUCUGACCGAAAUGCGACAAAACCUUGGAUACCGAUUUGCAUUCAUUCUUCGGUAUUAGAACUGUUUUCUAUAGCUCUUUCAGACAAAUUUAUACUAUGUAGUGAUAAGUAAUUAUUAUAAUAAGAAGCGUAAUAUGCAUAUAAAUAAUCACUUGACCUUAUUACCAUUUCUCAUUACUCGGAUUUCGAUCAGAAAGCCAAGGGAAGCGUACUUGAAAUCCUCAAAGCAGGUAGUAGAACCUAAACAACAGGAAGUUUACCUGUAGAUUUGCCCCCCAUUUGAAAUCGUUUCUGACGUAGCAUCAUGAGGUCCGAGUUUACAUACUUUUGCCUAUACUGUGUUCUAAAAACUACAGUACUACUGGUUUCGCUGCCUGCCAUCGCGUCAAUGAUAUACGUAGCCGCUACGGAUCAUUCCUAUUUCGGAUAGUACGAAUAAAUCUAUUUCGUUAGUACAUUCUUAUCACGAUAUGUUACAUAUGUCACAAAGGGGAAAUCGUAUGCUUCUUAUUAUGUUUUAAUAACAAUGUGAAGCAUGUUCGUCAACAUUGAACUAAACAAAUUUUGACGAUAUCAGAGCUUGACAGAUAUAAAACUUACACUGCAAGACGGUUAUCAGCAAUUAUUUUGAGUUUUUUUAUUGAAAAUGAAGUUUAUUUUUUUCUUUCUAUCUUGUUAUUUUUACAUAGAAUAUGUUAGAGUAAUAUAAGAAUUAUGUUAUAAAACUAAGUUUCCUUGAAAUGACUUACUUAAUUGUUAAUGCAAAACACGUGCUACAAUAUUUUAUGUAUAUCUCCUUUGAGACAGUGUAAAAAUAUGUUUAUAUUGUACUUUUCAAAUAAAACCGCAUUUAUAUAAAAUAAUCAGAUUCUCCUUAAUUUUAGUUUUAAUUCACAUGUACAUUGUGUUUACUAAAAGCUCAGCUAAAAGGCAGCAAAACAUAAUAAUAACUCAAAACAAUAUAAUGUAAAAAUCACCUAUUAAUAAAUUAUUGUUAAAAAAUUAGUGUUGCGUUAAAUGUACGUUCGUACGCGGUAAUAUAUAUACUUACUUGCAAUUUCCACGUAUAUGUAUACAUAUGCGUGUUGGAAUUGGAAGCGGUCAAGUGAAGGGCCUUCUUCAGUGAGUGAUCAAUGUCGAUUCAGGUGCCGACAGUAGCUGAAGCAGCGAUCACAUAUAUGUGAAUUAUUUAUAAUUAUCUACUGUCGGCACCUUAAUGGACAUUGAUCACUGAUGAAGGCUCUCCGUAUAGCCAUUGCUAGUUGUUUACACAAUACACAUGUGGUGAC